GAAUUUUCAGUAAUUUAUUCAUCAAGUGGUCCUUCGGAAACAUGAAAAAACUUAUUUUGGAUUUUGAACUGUUAUUUUUACAACUAUUUACAGCACAAACGUGUCCACCACCUAUUAGUUUUUCCAUUAUGUUAAAAGUUAAAAUUCACGAUUCGCACAGAACACAAGUAACAUAAACGCCCUAACAAGAGCAAAGCCAAAAGCAGAAGAGAAAGUAUGUCACUUCCCAAAAUGGCGGACUCAUCAACGCGAUGGAUAUGCGCGAACUUCUCCCGCUAAGCGAAGUGACAUUGCUGAUUGUUACCUAUGCUGUGGUUUAAUUCGGUAGAAUAGUGGGAAAAAUUAGCCAGAAAGUAAUUACUACAAAGUAAAUCUCAAUCGGAGACUCGAAGAUAUCAUUGAUAAUAAAUCCAUCUUGUCCAUGUUACAGAAAAGUAAACAAUAAACAAUUCCAACUUUAUCUUCCUUUGAAAUUGGAUAAUGGCGACUGAUGAAUGUGUAAGACCAAUUAAAGAGGAAGUGGAAUAUUUUGGUGAUGAGAAUGAUACCCAGAACUCUGAAAAAAAAAUUUCACUCCAAGGAAUUACUUCAAGGAAUGAAUUUGGGCCAGAACAGAUCAAAAGUGAUGUUAUUGAUAUUGUUUAUCAUGAUCUGAAAUCUGAAAGAUGUCUGGAAGAAGUAAAAGAAGGCCCACAUUGUGAGGAGUGUGGAGCUGGCUUGCUUAGUCCAACAUAUUUUCUCAGCAACGAUAUUUUACAAUCAUGUAACUGCCCUGCUCGGGAUUUGAAACCACUUGAAUUUGGCUCAGAUUCAGGAACCUUUUUUCAUGAAACCCAGGAAGAAACAGUUGUUAGGAAGGAAGAGGAAGUUACUAAUAAACAUAUGUUAUCAAUGUCACGUGAAAAACUAUUUGCUAUCAAACAUUUUCAUUCUGUUGGACAUGAAAUGCUACAUAAAAAGGGGGAAAAUAAUGAAUUUAGUUAUGGAAACUGUUUGAGUUCAGUUAGACAGAGUAAAGUCCAUGAGGAAAACGAAAGUUGCCCAAGAAAUUUCAAUGAAGGAAUCGAUGUGAAAUUGGUUGAAAACAAGCAUACUGAGAAACUCUCACUAUCAUCUAUUGAAAGUAAUAUUUCAAAAAAGCAUAUUGGCGCAAAGACAUUUCAGUGUACAAAUUGCUCAAAAUCAUUCUUUCGGAGUAGUCAUUUGAGAAGACAUGAAAAAAUUCAUACUGGGGAAAAACCAUUUCACUGUAAAAUCUGUUCAAAAUCAUUCUCUAGAAGUGAUCUAUUCAAAUAUCAUGAAAAAAUUCAUACUGGGAAAAGACCAUUUCAGUGCAAAAGCUGUUCUAAAUCGUUUGCUGCAAAAAGUAGCUUGAAACUGCACGAAAAAAUUCAUACCGGUGAAAAACGUUUCAAGUGUAAAAUCUGCUCUAAAUUAUUUAUUCGUGGAGGUGAUUUGAAAGUACAUGAAAAAAUUCAUACUGGUGAUAAACCAUUUAGGUGUAAAAUUUGCUCUAAAUCAUUCAUUCGUUGUAAUGAUUUGAAAAGACAUGAAAAAAUUCAUACUGGUGAAAAAUUGUUUCAGUGUAAAGUCUGCUCUAAAUCGUUCCUUCUAUGUGGUCAUUUGAAACUACAUGAAAAAAUUCAUACCGGCCAUAAACCAUUCAAGUGUAAAAUCUGCUCUAAAUCAUUCAUUCGUGGAGGUGAUUUGAAAAUACAUGAAAAAAUUCAUACUGGCGAUAAACCAUUCAAGUGUAAAAUCUGCUCUAAAUCCUUCCAUCAAAGUGGUCAUUUGAUAACACAUGAAAAAAUUCAUACUGGCGAACGACCAUUUCAGUGUAAAAUCUGCUCUAAAUCAUUCCGUCAUGGUGGUACUUUGAAAACACAUGAAAAAAUUCAUACGGGCGAUAAACCAUUCAAGUGUAAAAUAUGCUACAAAUCGUUCAUUCAAAGAGGUCAUUUAAAAACACAUGAAAAGGUUCAUACUGGCGAAAAACCAUCUCAGUGUAAAAUCUGCUCUAAAUCAUUCUUUCAUAUAGGUAAUUUGAAAAGACACGAAAAAAUUCAUACUGGCGAAAGACCAUUUCAGUGUUAAAUCUGGUCUAAAUUAUUCCAUUAAUGUGGUCAUUUGAAAACAUGAAAAAAAUUCAUACUGGUGAAAGACCAUUUCAGUGUAAAAUCUGCUUUAAAUCUUUCCGUCAAAGUGGUUUUUUGAAAACACAUGAAAAAAAUCAUACUGGUGACAAAGAUUCAAGUGUAAGAUCUGGUCUAAAUCAUUCAUUUGAAGAGGUCAUUUGAAAACAUACAUAGGUACUGUUUGAAAAAUAUUGAAAAAUAAAAGCUUAUAUUAUCUGUUACGUUCAUUAAUAAGGGUGUGACAAAUUUUGAAAAUUUCACAUAAAUUGCAAGGGUAUUACUUCUAAUGUUUUGCCAGGCUGACAAUUUGUUCGAUACAAAGUUUGUGGACAAACUGAAAACCUACUAAACUGACCUGGUUCAUUUCUGAUGUAUUUUUAGUUUUUAUGAAUGAAAUAGUGCAAGAUCAUUUUGAAAUGAGGGGAGAUUACUCAUGAAAACCUGUAUUUUGUUUUACUGUUUUACAGUUGACUCUAUCAACAGGUUAAAUAAAAACAAUUCUUUAAUGGCG